ACUGAGCCACAGCAGCAGUAGGCUAGGCCUACAUACUGUACAGCAGGCCACUCACCUACACAAAGGCCUGAAAGAAGGCUACUGUGUAGCUAGACUACAGGGAGGUGCUGUAUAGAACUAAGCCUACUUUAUCAUUUGAAAGUGCAGGUAAAUCAAACUUAAACACAAAACGAUUGUGAAGAUGUCAUCUAUUCUGUUAGCACAAGAAUCUCAAAUUGAGAUCAGUUAUGCUUGUCAUGGGGAUCAGACAACUGUCCAAGAGGAUCCAUGUGAUGGUAUGAUUGAGGUACGGGUCUGUGUUGUUGGCGAUGCACUUGCUGAUAAUGUAGAUUUAACCCGCUGCUUAGAGAAAUUGAAUUUACCUGUUGUGUAUUCACCUGAUGGUAGUGAAUAUUAUCAGCCAUCAGACCAAUUUGAUACUGUGUUUGUUCUUGAUCAUUUUGAUGGGUCCUUGUUCAAGAAACUGGCACAGUCAGAACACCGGGUGGUUGGGCCAUCAUUAAUCAUGAGCUGUGCACAUAAAGAUGAGGCACUACCCUAUAACUCAAGACCAAUUUACUGUCGGCAUAUGUCGAAGCUAGUGGUCUGCUUCACUGGAUUCCUGGAGAAGGAACUUUUAAAGCGAAUGGCAGAGCUUGUCCACCAUAUGGGUGGCAGCGUUCGUAAAGACUUCACAUCCAAAGUGACUCACCUGAUAGCUAACAAUCCAGCUGGCAGUAAAUACAAGGCUGCUGUGAGCCUGGGUACCCCAAUUAUGACCCAGCAAUGGGUGCAUGAAUCAUGGAACAAACGUGAUGACAUAACAGUCAGUUCAGUUUCAGAAAACAUGAUGGUAUUUAAGAUGAAACCAUUUCACAAGUGUGUGCUGUGUUUCAUUGGAUUCUCUGAUGAAGAGCAGGAGCAAAUGGAAGGAAUUGCUGUUGAACAAGGUGGGUCUAUCUCGUCUGCUUCUGAUCAAUGCUGUACGCACAUCGUUGUCGAUGACAUCACUAUGACUUCCCUACCAUUUGAAAUACGGCCGAAAGUUACUGUCGUUAAACAGGAGUGGUUUUGGAGUAGCAUCAAGAUUGAUGCCUGUGCUGAUGCAGAUAUGUACGUCUUCAACAAGAUGGCGACGCCAGCGAAAUCGUCAUCUGUAUCGACUCCGACAUCCAAGUCUCGCAAACGACGUAGGUUGCGUGAGAGCAUUGCUCAACUAAGCCAUGAUACAGAUCACAUGGAAUCACCGGGCUUACCUCGGAAGCGUAGAUCAAGCGUACUUAACGAAACUGGGAUAUCUGCGUCAUCUGUCCUUGAUGCAUCACAGACUCCAGAAGCAUCAGUUGUGAUCAAUGGACUUUGUACACCUAUGGAAGUUGGGCAGACUCCCAAGCAACCUGUCUCACGCCGACAGCAGACCCUGAUGGAGCUCCUGCAAACAGAAACCAACUAUGUUGCUAUACUGAGUACGAUAAUAAAGGUCUUCAAAGAACCUCUUGAGCAGCACGAGGUUGGAGGACCUCUUCUUCCUCCAGAAGACAUCAAGACCAUGUUUGGUAAAGUGCCAGACAUCCACCAAGUCCACUGUCGACUCAGAGAGGACCUUCAGGAGCUUCUGAAGAACUAUUCUGAAGAGAAGAGUGUUGGAGUUAUAAUUGAAAAACAUUCGACUGACAUUAUGAAAGCAUAUCCACCAUUUGUCAACUUCUAUGAGAUUAUUAAACAGACUGUUGAGAAAUCUGAGAAGACGCGUCCUCGUUUCCACGCUUUUAUGAAAAUUCAACAAAGUAAACCAGAAUGCAGUCGUCAGAGGUUGACGGAUCUCCUGAUCAGACCGGUUCAAAGGUUACCCAGUAUGAUCCUGCUUCUCUCAGAUCUUUUACGGCGGACGGACAAAACAAACCCAGAUCAUUCCGCUUUGGGAAGAGCUCUUGAUGCUCUAAAACAAGUGACAGAUCACAUCAAUGAGGACAAACGCAAGACAGAGGGACACACACAAAUGUUUGACGUCAUCAGUGAAAUAGACGGCGUGCCGCCUACACUUUUGUCCGCACAUCGUAGCUAUGUUACAAGGAUCGAUACAAUAGAGAUCGGAGACCGUGAACAUGGCAAAGGGGAUAAUUUUUCUGAGAAAGGAGGAAGCGUGUCCAUGUUUUUAUUUACAGAUUUGUUAGAGAUCUGCAAGAGGAGGAGUAAAGCCAACUCAACAUCUUAUAAAAGUCCUGCAGUUACCAAAACAGGUCAACAUAAAUGCUAUAAACACAUAGAGGUGUUACCACUGUCUCAUAUACGAAGGGUCUUGGACAUCAAGCAAACUGAUGAUUGUAAGAAUGCUUUUGCAUUGUUAUGCAAGCCACCGAUGGAGAUAUCUGACAGGACAGACAGGCUAUUUAUGUUUACGUUAAUUGGUGAUGAGAAGAGUAAAACACAGUGGCUGAAAACACUCUGCCAACACAUGGCAAAUAUCACUUGUAAAGCUGAUUCAGCUCAUUUCUUGCUUCAAAUUGAACCAGAGGAGCUUGAACUCAGCAAGAGUGAUUUUGAAAAUAGUAAACUUGGAAAAGCUAUGAGAAAAGCAAAGAAAGCAACUAGGAAAGUUGGCAGGACAUUCUCAUGGAAAGGGACUCCACAACUCCGGUUACAGCGUGCGAUGUCAACUCUGUCAAAUGCCAGUCCCAUGCUGAAUGAGCAGGUGACGUCAAUGAUUGGUACGCCGCGAUCAAGAACGGGUAAAAGACUAGCCAGUGUUGCAACUCUCUCACGGGUUAUGUCUCCGGUACGUACACGACCACCGCACACACCAAAGAUGAUAAAAAAUGCAACCAUUGGUCCUUCAUCAUCGAGCUGGUUGUAAGGUAGCAGUUCAACGUGCGAACAAAUACUGUUGAGUCUCAAAACCUUGUUUUAUUACUGAUUAUUUACCUGCAGUGGAUCCAAACCUGUUUGUAUAUUAUUCAUGUCAACAACAAUUGGUUACAUCGGAUCCACCAGGAUGUUUUAUUUUAUUGUAGUACAAGUCAUAAAAAUUUUCUUGUGAAGGGUUUUUAAUGUAAAUCUGAGUUGUGUAUUAUAUCAGUGACUUAAAGUGGAAUUUCAAAAGAGGUUACUUUUAAAAAAUGGAUUGAAACAAAAAUGUUGUAAAUCUGAUAACUAAACCAUUUAAAAUUAAUCAAAAAUGAUAUUUAUUUCAUGUUAAUUUAUUUGAAACUCAUUCAUACAUAUGAAACUCAUUCAUACAUAACAGAAUCAUCUAUGCAUAAGAAUAUCGUUUUUGCUUUUAAAUAAAUUGAACUGAAUGUUGUUUAAUUUUUGUUUCUGAGGAAAACAGAGUUCCUUGCUGAUUGUUGAUGACAAUGAAUUUUUUCAUAAUUUGUAUCAAUAUUUGUUAAAAAAUGAAUCACUUUUAAUCAGGAAUAAGGACAAUUAUAACAGCUUCAAUUGCUUUCUCUUAAAUGUAAUUAAUUGUAUAUAGUAAUAGAUCAUUGUAAGGAGGUACUAUAGACUAUAGUAUCUUCUAAUACUAGAUAAGAAUAACUUAUCUUCUUUGAGUAUCCUCUUCUGGUGAUGGAGAUUGUUAAAAUAUAGUUGCAAUGGAUGAGAUGAGUUCAGAAUACUAAGAUGUUUCCUAGCUGUCUGUAGGAUGUGAUCUGUUGUUCAUCAAGUCAUUGGAAUACAGUAGCCGUCAAUGACCUUAACUACUUCAAAACCUUCUAUGGUUAUCGAAAACGUAAUCAUCCUAAGCUCAUGAGAUAGCUACUAAAACUGGGUGUAAUUUUUUUUAAAAUGAUGACCACUUCAAAAUGGGGUGUAAAUUUGUAUCAAAUAAAAUAUGUGCCAAAGACAAGCCAAACCAGUCACUUGAUGCAAAUAUCAAUUUUGAGUUAUUAACACAGCGUUAAAGAGUAAAAUAAGAGCUAUAAAAUGUUACAAAAAUCAUUCAAAUCUGACAUUUCCUGAUGAAGUUAAAGCUCUUAAACAUACAGCUGUUUAAAGAACAAUACUGUAUAUGAGAAAUUAGCCUUCAAAGUCGGGCAUUUCUCAUAUGCAGAAACUAUCAUCAAAUCCUUAAAAAGUGUUGUUUUAACAUUGAAAAUGGGGAAAAUAAGAGCAUACCAUGAUGUAUCAUAGAAAUAUAAAGGUUAGUUUAGUGCAGGGUGCAACAAAAUAGAUUCUCUAAAACAUGAUUUGCAACGAGUGACUGAUUUGGCUUGUCUUUGACACAUAUGUUAAUCAAAAUAUAUCGGCACGGUUAAAAAGGUCUCAAGUUUCCUGCGAGAAUCUCCCGUAAAUUGGCAUAGUCUCUCCCACUCCCGCAAUCAAGUCUAAUAAUAUCCCGAAAGUUAACGUGACCUGAAAGUCAGCUGGUCAUGGGUAAAACAACUGGUAGCAAAACAAUAAUCAAUUUGUAGUUUGAACUGCACAUUGCCCAUAUCAAUGUCAAUUGACAUAAACAAACAUAAACCACAUACACACAACAUAGGUUUAUGUUAAUUAAUCUUGGAUACGAUUGGCGCAGUUCAGACUACGAAAUAGCUUAUUGGAUGUGCUAAAUCGCUCAUUAAGUCGUAUCUCCCGGAAGUCACUUCUCAAAAUUUUGGAUCCCUGCUAAAAACACAUGUAUGUAUAUGUGCUAUCGGGUUGAAUUAAAUAGGAAUAUUUAAUAUGGUAAGUUGUAAAUAUAAUGAUAACUAAGGAAUUAUAUUGUCAAUGAUAUUUAUUUUUAAUUAUCUAAUUGCAAUUCAACGGUUGAUUGGUUUGUUAAAAGCAAUAUUUUUGGGCAGAAUUCAUGGUACUAAAUUAAAAAUCUCAAAGUUUGGAAGAAUAUACAGUAUACAUUAUAACGAUGUGAAUUAAAAAAAGUAGGUUGCAUUUUCUUGGGCUCUAUAAUGCUGCACUCUGUUAUUUCACCCUAUUAAUUAAUGUAUCAUAUUGUUUUCUCACAUGUGGCUGUAACAGUCCAAUUACAAGUUCCUAUGUAUGUUUUUUCUUUAUCAUGUUGCUUUUUUAUUAUUUCUGUGGGGAAAUUAGUGAGAUACAUACAAUCACUGUGUAAUAAGAAAACAUGAAGUUUUGAUUCAACAAUUUUAGCAAUUCCCACACUUAAGCGGGCAUGCACUAAGUCGGCUGAUCGUUACUCAAUAAAUCUAUUUCGGCUCUGUGAGCACUUGAUGUAUAUCCAUCUGCUAGUUGUCGCUGGUAACAGAUUGGGUUGUCAUUGAAAAGGACCCAUCUCGCUUGCCUUGAUUUGUGUUCCCUGUGGGAUUGUGUUGUCACAGUAUGUUUGAUUUGUUAGGAAAUUUUAUUUGAGUGUUUAUGUGUUCUAACUGCUAUCUAACCUGUUUCUAUUAUUAUUAUUAUUAUUAUUAUUAUUUUAAUGGAAAUAUAAUAUCAUACAUAAAUAAAUUAUGUGAAUAUUUCCUUUAAAAUUAUAUCUUUGUUUUUUAUAAAAAAAAAAUGUUUUCUUUGACUUGUUUUUUUUAUUUAAUUAGUUAUUAAUUAAUGCUAUCAGAUUGCUUGAAGCAUUGUGUGAAUGUUGACCUUUAACCUAGACCCUGUAAGUUACCCACACUUGCACUCAGAAAUUACCCACAAUUCCACAAUUGUUUGUAGUCUUAAUUUAUUGUAUAUAUUUUGCUUGCUUUCAACUCGCUCUCUAGUUAGAGAAGUACAUUAAGUAAUAUAUCUGAAAAAAUGUGGUUUGUGAGCAAUGUGCCUAUCUUAAUACUUUAAAAUGCUUGGUUCGUUCCUAUCUUAAUACUUUAAAAUGCUUGGUUCACUGAUUAUUCAAUAAAGAGGCAGGGCACAAAACUUAACCCUGUCAAGAUUAUCAAAUUUACUUUGACAAAAAAACUGUUGCAUGCCUGUAUAUGGUCAUGAUGUGAUGUCAUCAUGACCAUAUUUGGGCAUGUCACAUGUUUUUUGUCCAAUAAGAUUUGAUAGUCUGGGCAGGUCUUAAGUAACCACUCUCUUACCGAUUUUGAUCCAGCAGCUUAACAAUAUAAUUGCAUACUUUUACUCAGAAUAUAAUAACAACAUGUGAUGGGUGUUUGGCAUUGUUAUUACAUUUGGAAUAACAAUAGUUAGUAACAAAAUUAUAAUAUUAAUAACCGAUAAAUGAAUAUAUUAAGUUUUUAUUUAACAUAUUUUAUUUAACAUUACAAUCCGAAUACUGUACUUUUCAAUGAUAUUGGUAUAUAGACCUAAUAAGAAUACAUACUCUAUAGUACAAAAUUAAAUAUAAUUAUUCUGUCAGGUAUCUUUUAUGAUAAGUAGGUCAAGUGUUUAUAUGAGGCAUGUAGUGGUGAAGUGGUUAAGUUGUUGCACAGGCCAGUAUUGAGUAAAUGAGCUAUAAAAUAUGGGAGCUCAAAAAAUUGCCUAAAAAUCCAAAUUUGUUUUUCACUAUAGAUCAACAGUUUGAUGUCUUAUAAAUCAUGUACCAACUGGAAGUGGUCAACAAGAAGUUUAUUUAACGUUAUUUUGAUAGUUCAUUCUAUUGAACAAUGUAUGCUUUGAAAGCCACUGUACCAACAAUUAGGCUUGAAAUGUCCAAUUUCAUUGAAUGACCCCUCAUUUUAAAGAUCACAUACUCAGGUAUCUGAAAAUACAAAUAACAUGAAUUUCAAUUUUUGCUACAACUUAGCUAUUUUGCCACAACAUCCCUCACAAAAUAUUAGCAUUAUAUAGGACAAAUAUUACAAUAAUAAUUUGAAAGUAUAAUUUCAUUUUAUGGUAAAUGCUUAUUAAUAAGUAAUAUAUCAACAAUAUGUACUUAAUGACUACAUUUCUAUAUACUGUACUUUAUAUAUUACAUAAGAUCUUUCAACUAAUGUAAGUAUAUUUUGAGAAAUAUCCCACACUACAAUCUCUGAUUGAUUUGUUGAUUUGACAUAUACUGUAUACUGUAUAUGUUUUAUAUAAUACAGUAAAAUGGUUUGUAAUUCUAUAGAAUACAGUAUUCAGAUUCCACGAUUCUGUGAUAGGCCAAUGCUGUUUAAAAUGAUUAUAUGGUGUUUUUGUAUUUAAUGGUUAAUUUCUUGAAAUUAAUACAUGAUUUGUUUUGGGGUGUAUUGAGAGGACAUGAGAAUAUUAUCCUCUCUUUUGUCUGAACAUUUUUUUCUAUUGUAAUAACAGAUUUUAAAACAUCAGCAGUGCUCCUUUUUCAAAUAUUUUACCAUACAAUUAAUUUAAUUUAAUACAGGGUAAGAGAUUGUGUUGAAUAUGCUCUGCAAUGUCACUACUCUCCUUACCUUCCAAAUCCUUUCCUUCUUCUCCAUUGAUUUCAAAAUUUUGUAUCAAACUUUAUUGGCCUAAACAAUUGUAUUGCUCGUAAACGUUUGGCUUUGGGCGACCAAGAAAUUGAAACAACUGAUUUGGUCAAAUCCAGGAUUGUAAAAUGUGGACUAAGUUUAAAUAGUUUCAGUAAUAAUGUAAUCAGAUUGUUAGGGUUGUUUCAAUGAUCAGCUAAGAAUGAUAAUAGGUACCCAUUUUGAUAGUCACUGUGACAUAGGAACGCGUGUCAAUAAACAUGUUCAAAUGAUGAAAGAAA